ACGCAGCCCAGCCCCGCUCGCUUCCGCAGCGACUUCUGCCCUCCACCGCCGCCAAGAUGCUGCUGUUGCUGCUGGGGAUCAUCGUGCUCCACGUCACCGUGCUGGUGCUGCUCUUCGUCUCCACCAUCGUCAGUCAAUGGCUGGUGAACGGCGAGCACACGGCAGACCUCUGGCAGAACUGCACCUCUGGAACCAUCUUCCACUGCCUGGCAUCAUCCAACAAUGAAUGGCUGCAGUCUGUCCAAGCCAUGAUGAUCCUCUCCGUCAUCUUCAGCGUCCUGUCCCUGUUCCUGUUCUUCUGCCAGCUGUUCACGCUCACCAAGGGCGGCAGGUUCUACAUCACCGGAGUCUUCCAGAUCCUUGCUGGGCUGUGCGUGAUGAGCGGCGCUGCCAUCUUCACAGUGAGGCACACGGACUGGCACCAAGCCUCGGAAAACACCACCUACGGCUUCGCCUACAUCCUGGCGUGGCUGGCCUUCCCCCUGGCGCUGGCCAGCGGCAUCAUCUACGUCAUCCUACGGAAGCGCGAGUGAUGCCCGGCGCUGCUGGGGUGGGACAAGGGCACGCGUGGCGUCCACGGAGGAGACGGAGGCGGGGGAAAAUAGACGAGAAAACGGGAAAGAAAAUUAACCAAAAA